AUGAUUGACGGUAAUUAAAAUACAUCUGAAAAUGAUAUAUUCGAGUCUGGUUGGUUAUAAAAAGAAUCAAAAGUAUUAAAGCAAUGGAGAAAGUAAAAAAAGAUGGUUUGUAUUAACUAAUACCACUUUAAAAAGUUAUAAAGACGAAAAAAAUCUUAAUAAUCCAACAGAAAUUAUAGAAUUGAAAAAUAUUACAAGAAUUAAAUCGGCAGAAUAGGAAACAAAUAAAGAAUUUUGUUUUAAAAUCGAAAUAAAUGA